AUGUCAUCUUUCUCAAGCAAUCCACAUCUGCUGACAAAAGAAAAAUUAAAAAGUGCUCUAAAAGCCAAUGGAAUCCCACUACCGAAAACCGAGCAGAAAAAGGCUUUCUACGUCGAGCUGUAUUUGCAGAGAUUGACCUCUCAAAAUGAUGACGAAUAUUCCUCGGAUGAGUCUGAAGGAACAUCGGAAUCUUCUCCGAUCGGAGCCCAUAAGGUACGUAAUAUAAACAAAAUCCAUUAAUUAAUUCUGCAGCAAUAUUAAAUAUUUAAGCUCUUUACGUUGACUUGUGUAUUUCUGGGUCUGUAUUCUUGUAUUGUACCUGUGCGGCGCUAGGCGUCUGUGGUUUUGGCGGUUUUUAAACUCGCAAUUUGAAAGUUGCUGUGAUUUGUUGUCAUGAACAUUUUUAGCAGGUGCAGCUUUGUUUGUUUUUGUACGGGGAUUCGUAUAUUCUUUGAGGAUGUCCUUUCAUACGAGAUAAUUUUUAGCGUUUCUUUGCGCUAUCGAUAAUUCUUGCAGCGGUGUCAUUUUUUGGAGUACUUUUGAUCACCUUUAAAUGACUUCCGUACGUUGUAUGGUGAUGUUUGAAUAAUAUUUUAUUCAGCUCUAAAUGGCUCACCUUAGGGACUCAAGCUAUUAGGAGAUAGCAUCGUUUGGUUAUCAUAGUAUUUCUAUUUAAAGCUGAAGCAUUUCUUGAUUUGAAAAUGCCAGACCAGGUGAGUUGGAAGUUUUGGUAUAAAUUUAUACUAUUUCCUUAGUUCCUUUAUUAUGAAAUUACUAUCCGUUGUCGCUAAAUGGAUUCUUUGAACCACUUUGCAUUGCUGUAAUGUAAAUAUUAAUUACCAUACAUGACACAAUUUUAGCAGAAACACGAAAUUUUUUAAAUUGAGAAUUAAAAGUAUGUAUAUAUUUCGCUGUUUAUUUAGGGUUUUUUUCUCUCAAGUAUUUGAGCGAAUUUUUCAAAACCUUAAUCAUAUCUGCCGGUUCUUUAACAAAGUUCUGUGUUAAAAUUUGAAAAAAACGGUUAUUAUUACGUGAAGUGUAUUAUAUCACCACUAUCAGUGUGAACUAGGUUUGCUUAACUGUGAACAAUGAAAUUAAAGUAAACAAUCCCAAACCAAAUCUAAAAAUUGAUAGCAGAAAUAUUGUUCCUCAAAAAAGGCCAAAAGGUGGUUAUUGAGAUAUUUCAGUGACUUCUUUUGAAUGUUGCUUUUCCAAAAUGCAGUUAUAACAAGGUGAUGCACGACCACAAGUCGUUUUUUAAGGUGGCCCUUCUUUUGUUAUUAUUGUCCAAUUUUGAUGUUAACUCUAGUCAGCUCAGUGCUUGGGAAUCAGUUUACAUUGUUAUAUAUAAACCGUAAACCUGAGACUUAAAACUUGAAACAUGAAAAAUUGAGUUUUUCCCAGUCUGAGGAGAACUGAUUUCCUAAGGAUGGGUGUUUUCGUAAUAGAGAGGAAUUAUCUGUUUGAGACAGAUAUCCUUCUUAUUAGACCUAUAAAUAAACAGAUAAAGGAGGCCAAUGAAGACAAUCCUAUUCUCAGAUUAAGAUGGAUUAUCUUUUUGAUUCAGUUUAUCUGAUUGAUAACCCAUCUGAGAUGGAUAAUCAGUAUCUAGUGUCAAAAUGACUGACAAUACCAUACUUUAGUGCACAUUAAAGUUAGAGUUUCUCAAUUUCUCUUCCUUUUUAACCCUUUCAGCCCCAAUAUAAACAUACAAGUUCUCCAAACUGAUCUCCAUACAUCUCCUUUAAGAAUUAGUUAAGAGAGUUCAAUGAAAGAUCAAGGCAUUUUUCUUUGGUGAUUAUUUUAUUAAUUCUCAUAACCUUACUUCUUGACAAUGUGUGGAUAUUGUUGUGAGAAAAUUGAUGUUGAUCACCAUUGGGACUUAAAGGGUUAAAUGUGCGUGUCUCAGUAGUUAUAUCUCUGUUUUUUUCUCUUAUCCAAAUUGUUCAUGUAAUCUCACUUUCAGAAACUUCCUGCUAAGCCAGCAAAAAAGAUAGUCUUAAACAAAAGGGUAAAAGGUGGACUUCCCUAUGAUGUGUCUGCUCUGUCAGAUGGAGAUCUUGCCAGGCAGCUUAAAUCCUUUGGAGCCACAAUUGGCCCAAUUACAGAUUCCACUCGAGUCCUUUAUCAGAAGAAGCUUGGUAAGUCUGUGGCCUAGCUUUUCUUUUACAUGUAUGUGAAAUAUAUUCCUUCCCCUUUUUUUAUCACAGUUGAGCCCCUGAUAUUGAGGUCCUUACAUUAAGGAUUUUGUGUGAAAAAAACUGAUAUAUCUUUGGGCUCGUUUCUCAGUAGUCUGGGUAACUAAAGCAAAAUAUCAAAUCAAACUCAAAACAAUAAAAACAUUGAUCCUAGCUUACAAACCAGUUCAUUUUGUUUUGUUAACUGAUAGUGUGAUCACAUUAUCUGCAAAACUGUGGAACCCUUGACCUUGAAUGCAAACACAGCAGCUUUCUGUUGGGUUAAUUACUGGGUUUUUCGAGAAACAGACCUCUCUACCUGGGUCUAAUAAGUUGAGCUGCUCUCCAUUCAGUUCUAACUUUUGAGUCCGUUGAUUAACUCUUUUGGCUUAUACAUUCAAAUGAAAUUCUUUGACAGAAAUUUUUGGGAACACUGUGUUCUUUGUUUUUUGGGGUUUACUUUUGGUGUCCUUUCAAUCCAUAUUCAGCCUUCUAUUCCCCUCCCCCCCCCCCCCCCCCCCCAACACAACAAAAAAAAAAAAAAACAAAAAAAAAAAAAAAAAAAAUAAACUCAUAUAAAAAAAAAAAAAUAAUCUAAACAAAUAAAAAGCUAACAUUUAUACUUGUAUUACCGACUUUUAAUUGAUUUAUAUGUUUUUUGUUUUUUGUGGUUUUUUUUUGGUGGCCUUUCAACCCAUAUUCACACUCCUAUGCCCCCCCCACCCCCCCCCCAAAAAAAAAACAAAAACAAAAAAAAAAACAUGAAAUAUAAAAUUCUUUUUGUUUUCUGUCCAAAAGAAGUGACAUCUAUAGGCAAAAAUGAUGCUCUUCUUGCUUUGAGUGUGACAUCGUCUUGUCAACAUUAUACAAGUACACAUUCCUUGUGGAUGGCACCUGCAAAAAUACGCUGUUGUUAGUAAUAUUUUAUAAUUUGCACUGUAAUGGAAUGUUUAGUCUGAUCUUAGUUUGCACUAUUCUUUGAGACCCUUAGGCCUGCAGACAGGCAAGCGCACUGUCAGACAGAGUUUUUCCAUUCUUACUGUUGGAUUCUUAUCCUGUCUGGUGUAUAUUUGUCUGAGCUUGACAUAAUUUAUGCUGUGCUACAGUCAAACAUUUAUUUAUUGGAUGCUGGGGGGACUCUCUCUUGUGUAUUGUAUAAUUUUCUAUGUCUCUACUUAACACAUAAUAACAUAUACAUUCUCUAAGUUAUUGAUAUAUUCCUGAAAAAGAGAGUAGCACAUCUAGGUUAACUAAAUAUUGUGUUCCUUAACUCACGACCCUCAUACUACCUGACUGCUGACCCCUGAUUUGCUCCAGUGUCCAGUUGAUAGAGUUAUUAUACGUUGCACUUCAAAUUUCCUACCUACAGUUAAUUUUGAAAAUCAGCUUAACCGACCAAUAGGUCACCGGUAGUUAUCUGCUAGCAGCUUACUGACUUAUCUGUAGGUUACGUUUGGCAUUUUCAGUUAUUAAGAAAACCUCAUCCAAUAAUAAUUAUAACGUCAGCCUGAAAAGGAAUGAUAAAAGUCUUUCUUAAUUCAGGCCUCUCCCGUUUCGUGCUACCAGUCGCUUGCAUGGCUGUUUUCUCUUGCGUGCGUUUCUCUCGUCUGUCCAAGAAAAAAGUGCCUAGUUUCUAUUUUUCUCCUUGCAGCUAAGUUUCUGACCGAGGAACUAGAAGCUCCUGCCAGUAAAUUUUCACCCAAACAGAAGAAGACCUCGCCACCCAAACCCCAGAGGAGAAUGGAGCAUGCAGAUUUCUCUGAUGGGUAUGAUGCUGAUGAUGCCUCAGCAGAGGAGUUGGAUGUGGAAAUUGCUGAACGUCUGACUUACAAUCAUGAACAGCAAGGUACAUAGCAUUGCUGAUCACUGAUAGAGCAAUUUUUCCUCCAUGUUUCAUCAGCCUUUUUAACCGAACAGUAUGUGCUUUAGGUUUAGCAGUUGUUUAUCAAACUUGCUGUAGGUGGGCAAAAUUUUAAAAUUCCAUCUCUCCUCCGAAGAGGUUCCCACUGAGUCUUCCAAAAAAAUUGCAUCCUUCCCUGCAUGCUUUCAUUUUUCCCUCUCCCCAGCCCCCAUGGACAAAAAGAGGCCCAUGUUAGCGAGGGGAGAGUAAAAUUCCUGUCCUCUGCCUCUUCUUCUGUCGACAUACUUAUGAUGGAAAUUACGACGAUAUCCCAAUGAUUGACGAAAACAGACGGUAAUUUUCCGAAGAAUGUCUUUCCCUUGAAGCAUCGCGGGUAUGGUGUCAAGGUUUUAGCCAGAGGGGUGUCCAGCCAUCCUAUGCACGCCCGUUUUUGGAAGAAAUGCAAGGAAAAUUCACUUAAUCUCUUGAAAUUUUAUGGGAAAGCAGGCCCUCUGGACGGCCAGUUUUCAAUGUCUGGCUAAAAGCCUGUGUGGCAUUCACCUAAUAAAAAUGAGAAUUUGUAAAUGACUCCCUUUUCAAUGCACUUCUGCAUCUUGCAAUAUUGCCAACAUUGAUUCAUUGUCCACUGGGUGGGGAGGGGGGUGGGGAGGAGCUUGACUCUAUUAUUAUAUAGUGGCUGCUUUUUCUUAUUUGAAUUGCUUGCAUUGCAGACCAUAGAGACUCUCCACCUCCCCCUGAGUUACCAUCUCCUGCCUACAAAUCCACUCCGAGGAAAAGAAUCACAACGAGUACAAUUACCACACGGCAGCAUAGACGACAUAACAACAAUGGUGAUUACGCAGCAUUUAACGGCCCCGAGCAAACUGAUUCGGCUGAAGUUAUCGCAGUAAAGGAGCCAGCUAAGGUGGCAAAAGAAGAAGCCAGUAUUUGUGGUCCUCACGUUCAAAUUUUACUUGCAGUUUUAGUGUUUCUUGUGUUCAUAUCAUUUUUAGUUUAUUCUCUCAUGGAGGAUACACCUCGGGAAGGGUUUAAAGAAGUGCAGUGA